AUGUUCUAUUAUCUAAAGAUCGAAGAAGAGAUCAGAAGUGUCAUAGAGAAGGCAAUGGCUCCAAAGCAGCCAAACACUGGCUUAUUUGUGGGUUUGAACAAGGGCCACAUUGUGACUAGCAAGGAAUUAGCUCCACGUCCAUCCGCUAGGAAAGGCAAAACAAGCAAAAGAGUGCACUUUGCUAGGAGUCUUAUAAGAGAAGUUGCUGGAUUUGCACCAUAUGAGAAGAGAAUUACUGAGCUUCUUAAAGUUGGAAAGGACAAGCGAGCUUUGAAGGUAGCUAAGAGAAAGUUGGGCACUCACAAGAGGGCAAAGAAGAAGAGAGAGGAGAUGUCAAGCGUCCUCCGUAAGAUGAGAGCUGCUGGAGGCGGUCAUGAGAAGAAGAAGUGA